AUGCUCGACAACCAAUCCGAAGACAAAAAAUUCGUCUACUAUAUCGAAGAACCACCAAUAAAUUCUUUUACGGAAACUUUCUUUGCUAACUACGCUUCUAUUCCAAUCUCAGAGCUGCGCAAUCAUCUCGUAAGUGUACGGGAACGUGCCUGGCAAAAGCACAAUUAUCCAUGUCUUGGUCGUUGGAGCUUCCUUCACCAUUCAAUCCAAAGAAGUUCCAUUUACAAAGAGAUUCUUGAAAAAUCCAAACAAGAGAAUGCAACAAUUAUCGAUUUUGGUUGUUGUCUUGGCCAAGAUGUACGACAGUUGAUCUAUGAUGGAGUUUCUCUCGAUCAAAUUCGUGGCUAUGAUCUAGAUCCGUUUUUCAUUGAACAAGGCUAUGAAUUAUUCCGUGACGAUAUCUUGAUGAACGAGAAGAAAGUAUUCGGUGUAGGUGAUAUAUUUGAUGAUAAAUUUCUUGAAACUAUUGAACCUGCAGAUUACGUUCAUGUGGGCUCAUUCAUUCAUCUCUUUGAUGCAGAGACUCAACGAAAUGUGUGCCAACGGCUUACUCGCAUUGCUAAGUACGCUAUUACAGGGCGACAAGUUGGUGCAUCUGUGCCUGCAGAGCAUCAAAAAUUAUCAGGAUCUAUUGGCAGCAAAAUGAUGCGGCAUUCUCCAGAGAGCUUUGCAUCCAUGUGGAAUGACGUCACAAGUGGCGAAUGGCAAGUGGAAAGUGCCACCCUAGAAGCGAUCGAUGAUGUCAAUGGCUUCGGUAAAAUUCUCUAUUUUGUUGUUAGAAAAAGAAAAGAACAUUAA